AUGAAGGCACGGCUGCACGCGUUUUACGCCAAGCACAAUCCAGGAAACGAUCAGAAUAUUGCCGAGAUUGUGCGUAAAUUUACGGGUCGAGAGCACAUACUGUGCGCAAAACUCUUCAGAAAGUAUGGAGAGGCACCAGAUCUUAUGUCAAUGGAAGGUAGCAAUGACCAAAUUGAGGUCACAACGACAGAGAAUGCAGGAUUGGUCGCAAAGGUCGAGUAUCAAAGAGGUUUUAAGCCAUACGUGAUGCCUACACCCACGGAUAGCUUUCUGGAUCUCCGAUCGACGAACUUUGAUGCUAUUCAAGCUCUUCAAUCCUCUGAAAAGUUGCUCAAGCUGCCCGUGACAACGGCUUAUCCACUGGAUAAUAUUCAAAAGUGUCGUCAUUUACUACCAGAUUCGGAUCCAAACCGCCAGCAUCUUGCUAUUCGACCCAAGAAAGCAAUUUCAUCAGUAGCUGAAGUCAAUGCAACGGCUCUUGUCAAAAAAGCAAGAAUUGCAACUGCCUUUCCAUCCUUGUUUGAACAGCUUGCAGACACUUAUUUGGAUGGACCAUUUUGCGUACUUCGUCGAUGCUUCUUUGAACGAAUGCGAGUUGUUGUUGUUAUUCGUCGUGUCAAUAGUGUACGUGGCACAUGUUUAGGGUUCUUGAAGGCGUUUGAUAAGCACAUGAAUCUUGUCUUGCUGGACGUCACGCAAGAAUUUAUCUCGCUUAGGACGCAUGAACGACUUCAGCAAGAAGUGCGGGAAGGUAAACGUGCUGCUAGUGAUGUUGUGUUCUCAGCAGCAGACCGACACCGGAACCGACACAUACUUGGAAGUGCUGGAGGUACACAACACGAAUUUGAAAGAUCAUAUGCACGGUACGCAUCACAGCAUAGUCAUGGACUUUUCCUGUUCGUAACAUUAUUAUAUGUGAGUAUGUAA